AUGGGGUGUGUUCAGGCCAAGACCAACUCCCCAACUCAUGGCUCUCAAGGCCUUGACAAGUUGAAAGUUGAUCAUGGGUAUGUCAAGGAAGGUGGGGAAGGAAGACCCAUUGGCCUGAAAGCGCCGGGAAAGGAGCCGGUGAAGCUGGUGAAGGUCAAUGCCGAGGUUAAGGCGGAUAGCGGAGGAGGAGGGAAGGGUGGGGACUGUGUGGUUAGUAGAAAGACAGAGAAAGGGAAUGUUUCGGGGAGGCUUACAGUGAAGCAGACUGGAGGAGAUGAUGACGACAUUGUGGAUGGCUGGCCAAAGUGGCUUGUUGAGAAUGUGCCUCCAGAGGUUUUGGAUGGCUUGGUUCCCAAGAGUGCUGAUUCAUACGACAAGCUUGCUAAGAUAGGCCAAGGAACCUACAGCAAUGUAUACAAAGCUCGUGAUAGAGACACCAAAACGAUUGUUGCUUUGAAAAAGGUCCGAUUUGACACAUCAGAGCCAGAGAGUAUCAAGUUUAUGGCGAGGGAGAUAACGAUAUUAAGGAAGCUAGAUCAUCCCAAUGUCAUCAAGCUUGAAGGACUAGCCACGUCAAGGAUGCAAUAUAGUCUAUAUCUGGUCUUUGAAUUCAUGCAACAUGACUUGACUAGAAUAAUCUCACGUCCUGAAGAAAGGCUCACUGAACCACAGGUAAAGUGCUAUAUGCAGCAACUGCUUUCUGGUCUCCAGCACUGCCAUGAGAAAGGAAUUCUACACAGAGACAUUAAACCUUCAAACUUGCUAAUAGACAAGAAUGGAACACUCAAAAUUGCAGAUUUUGGGCUAGCAAACUUCUUCCCUCCCAAACAAAAACGUCCUCUUACGAGCCGAGUUGUGACUCUCUGGUAUAGAGCCCCAGAGCUCUUGUUAGGCUCUACAGAUUAUGGUGUUGGUAUUGAUCUAUGGAGUGCAGGAUGUCUACUGGGAGAAAUGUUUGUAGGAAGGCCAAUUAUGCCUGGGAGGACUGAGGUUGAGCAACUUCAUAAAAUCUUCAAGCUUUGUGGUUCCCCUUUGGAUGAUUACUGGAAGAAAAUGAAGUUACCAACAAGCUUCCGACCCCCACAUCAUUACAAACCUAGUUUUGAAGAAUUUUUCAGGGACUUCUCAACACCAUCCUUUGGUUUGUUGACUACACUUCUUGCUCUUGACCCGACAUCUCGUGGCAGUGCUGCUUCUGGUCUCCAAAGCGAAUUUUUUAGUUCAAGUCCAUUGGCGUGUAACCUUUCAGCUCUACCAGUGUUGUAUAAAGAGGAGGAUAAUCUGGCUGAAACCAAGGAUCAGAAGAAGAGGGUCUACAAAGUAAGGCAAUGGUCUCAAACAAACCGUGAUUUCCAUCAGAGAAAGGUCGAGGGAAGAGGAGAAUUUGGAUCUUCAACUGAGGAAAAGAAUGCGGAAACUGGGACUACACACAGCCAAGAAAUGGGCAACACUAGUGCAAGCAGCAGCACUUCCUCCACUUUCAGACCCUUCAUACACGAGAACUUGAAUGCAUCUCUUUCCCCAAUCAUCCGUUCUCACCAGCAAAGAUUUCCAAGCACCGAGGGUCAUCCCAAUGCUCUCAAGAACAUGAAUCCUGAUGUUUUCAAAAACCUCAAGAACUUUACACUCUUAAAGGCCUCUAUAAAAGAUAUCUCCUACCCCAAUGAAGGCGGUACAUACCGGAGAUCUCAUUCAACACUAGACUUCCGAAAUUUUGAUCCCGAGAAGAUUUUUGGAUUUGACAAAGUAUAG